AUGACUGCCGACGACCGACCCCUGGCGCCGUUCGAGGAGGAGCACGCCUCGCUCGCGCGCCGUCGUCGCGCCGCUCCAGCUCGACGCUCCUCCCCACUUCGUCUCUGCGUCGCCCUAUGCGCGCUCGGCGGCUUGGCGCUCUUCGCCUUCGUCGGGUACUUGACCGUCCAGGUCGUGCGCACGGUGCACCAGCAGCUCGCCCACCCGCACAAGGCGCACCACGUCGACCCGGCCGUCCUCGUCGGAGAUUCCGCCCAGCUCCACGCACUCGAGCCAGACGUCGUGCGCAGCUUCUACAGUCGCGACCUCGGCAGCGUCGACUCGUUCAACCUCAAGGCGGCCAUCUGGCUCCGCACGAGCGACAAGCUCAAGGACCCCGAUGCUCUCUGGGAGAAGGUUUACGAGGCCGUGAUCCUGCGCGACAUCAAAAUCGGCUCGAGGGCCGUGCACGCCGUUCCUCGCGUUCGGAUCACGAGGGAGCACCUCGACCGUCUGCGCACGCCUCACACUCGCCUUCAGUCGACCUACGUCAUGCUCCCCUCGACGAGCCGCCUCGACGACUCGAUCGACUAUCACACGUUCCGCACGUCCCGCAACACGUCCAUGCACUCGAUCGACGGCGUUCUUCCUCCCGUCAACGUCGACGACACCGACGUGCCGCAGAAGGGCGUCUUUCGCGACUUCCUCGCCAACUCGGCGUGCUUCUCGCAGCUCUACGACAGCGGGUCGUCGCCUGACGGCGCCGAGGGCAACUCGACGGGCCUCAGCAUCGCGACCAAGACGUUCGUGUCGCUCAUCGACGACUUCCCGGUGUACAACCUCAGCUCCUACCGCCAGAAAUUGCAGGAGCGAAGCGCCUUUCGCCAAGCGAACUGCUACUACGGUGGCCUCGGCUCGCCGCAAUGCGCCCGCUUGUUCGACCAGGACGGGCACUUUGAGACGAUGAUCGAGUUUGACGACGCUCGCGACGGCGACAAGGCGACGGCGACCCGCAUGGGCUGGCGCUACUCGCCGUUCAUCACGACUCGGUUCGGCUACGUGGGCCCGCUUGACCGCGUCGAGCUGCCGCAGAAAGGCUCAGCCGGCGAGGAAGAUUUCUCGUUCGACUGGCACAUCUCGUGGGCGCCUGUGUCGCCUCUCAAGUUCAACCUUGCCGGCGUCGUCGGACUUGGUCUAUCGACAGCACCCGGCUCGAACGCCUCAGCCUGGGAGCGCGCUCAAGCUCAGGACUUUGCCGACAUCUUUCAUUCGUCCGUCGGGCACACGGCGCGCGGCGACGCUCGGCCGGGGCUGCGCGCCUUCCUGCGCCUCGUUCAGGCGCUCGUCGCCUUCACUCUCGUGCUCCUCCACCUUUCCUACUGGUCCUCACGCACCCUGGCGACGGGCAUUUCCCUUCCCCUCACCGUCCUCCACGACUCGUGGUCCGUCUUUGCCGGCCUCGCAGCUCACUUCUUUGGAAACGUCACGCACGACGGGCUCUGGGUCGCCUGGCUCGGCAGCGCCGGCGAAGCCCUCGACCUCGUCUUCAAGUCGGCUCUCCUCCUUCGCCUCGAGUUCACGUGGACAGGUCCCUUCUCGCUCGUCCCGACGAGCAUGACGAGGCGCCGUCAGAGCCACUCGGAGCGAGCGAGCUCGAGGGAGGACUUGCGCUUCGGCUGGACGGCUCGGAUCCUCGUUGUCGCCACCAUCGCCACCAUCUACCGCUUCGGCCCCUCGCUCCCGCACCUCAUUACGGCCAGCCCGGUCAGCCCGGCCAUUGUCAAGACCUACGAGGCGCCACGGCUGUGGAGGGCGCUCCAUCCAUGGAUCGUGAGCGUCGCCUCGGCCUUGUCCCUCGUCGCAGACAUCGGUCAGAUCCACCUCAACUACCGUCGCGCAACGUUCGCCGGCCUGUACCGCAUGGCUGCCGUGCUGCGCCUCGCUUUCGAGGUGCUCGAGGCGCUCCCGACCGUCCUCUACCGCAUCUUCGGCGACUGGCACAUGCGCCCGCCGUUCCGCUUCGAGGAGCUUUCCGAGAUCGGCGUGUCCGCCGUCUUGGCGUGGCAGGCAGUGCGGUUCCCUGCAGUGGCGCAGACGGAGGAGGACGAGGAGUAGUCGCACGGAGCGGCCGAGGUCAAUCGGAGGGGCUGCGCUCGCGCUCGCGAGGACUUCGCGCAAUGAAGCUCCUCUCUCCUCGC